GGAUUAUCUUAUCUUAGCUCUUCUUAUUUCUAUUUGGUGCUUAAAAAUACAUACAUGCAGUGUAUCUAGGAAUCCUUCUCCUCUGUAAACUCUUCAUUCAUGGGUUGUGUAGAAGCUUUCCCCGUAACUUAUUAUAUUAAUAUGCAUCCCUCACUCAUAUGCACCUCUAAGAGGAAACUGUGUGUUUCUACUGCGAAACUCAACGGCGACAAUGACCCAUUGCUCCUUGCUGCCACUGCCUCUGCUUCUCUUCGUCACCAGGAAACUCUUCGACCAGAGCCUCUGUUUCUAGAUCCAUAUGCUGGUUGUUUUGUCCCUCAUAAUAGUCCCAAGGAUGUGAUUCAGGACUUGCAUCCCUAUUGUCUUGCAACCAAGUUCAUUGAUGAUAAGCUGCUUCAUACAGUGAGCCUUAUUGACGGACUAAAGCAGCUAAUUUUGUUGACUGAUGGCAUGGACACACGGCCAUACAGACUUCAGUUGCCCUCUUCGAUCCUAAUAUUUGACAUAUCCCCAGAAAGUGUAUUUAGAAUUGCAGCUGAGAAACUUAAAGCUUCAGGUGUUGGGGCUAAGAUGCCCAAAGGUUGCAUAUUCUACCAUAUUCCACUGGAAUCAUCUGACAUAGAGCAGGCUAUGCAAUUUAAAGGCUAUAAUGGUAGUAGACCUAGUAUAUGGGCCUUACAGGGAUUUCCAGUGAUGACACUGGCAAAUUUUGAAGAGGUUUUGUCAAUGAUAAGCAGUUUGGCCAUGAAAGGAUCUCUUUUUGUGGGAGAACUUCCUGCCUGCGUAGCUGAGACAGACAUAGAAAUUAAGUCCAAUACAAGGCAAUGGGUGGAUAAACUAUUCAUGAGCAAGGGUUUUCGGGUGGAAAUUAUCAACUACAAAGGGUUUGCAGAGAGAAGUGGUAAAGAUUUUGUAUCAGGACACUACAAUAAUAUACUAUUUGUUGCAGAACAGCUGCUACAUUCUGAUGAUCAGAUGGAGUCAUGGAGACGAGAAUUUCAAAGGAUAGAAAAUGAAGGAGAUGAAGAAGGUUUUGAAGAGUUAUAGAAGAGCAUAUAAGCUUCACCACACCCUCAUUAGCCUUAAAAGGAUAUCUCUCUAUUGCUACUAGGGUCUAAACUUAGUAGCAUUGUCCUCUAUACAAUUGUCUGUAUGCUUGUAUAUCUUGAAGGAGAGUGUUCAGAUAUGAAUUCAAGUGCAAUAUAAUUUAGCUUAGCAGAUUCAAAUUAUUAAUAAUCAAAUACAGUAGCAGGUUAUAUCUGCACGUCA